AUGAGUUUAGACACACUCUUCCAACAAAUCCUUCUAACUGAACAGCAGCAAAGUGAACAGACACAAGAAAACAAAAAAGUCAAAGUGGCCAUCAUCAGAUGCAUCGAGGAGAUCAAGAGCGUCACGGAGAAGAACGCGAACACCUGCGAGGAGAUCGAGUCAAAGGCUCAGCGCUCGUCUGCGAUGGAGCUGCAUCGUGACCUGGCGAAGAAAUGCGAAGUCCAGAUGUUGAGGCGAAUUGAGGAGACGCUCUGCCACGGAAACCAACGGAGGGACCGCCUCGCCAAGAUAAAGUGGGAGUGGAAAGAAGAGGAGGAGAACUUCCUCCAAGAGAUCUCAAAGUUCAACGGGGAGUUCAGUCUUUGCGCGAACAGAGGCGUCGUGUUCCAGAGCCAAGCGCACACCGAGGUCCUGGACCUGCAGAGGGAGGUGGAAUCCUUACACAAAGAGAUGGAGCUGAUGAGCCGCAGGAACGACCGCGUGAGCUCACUGCAGAAGGAGCAGAGAGCGCUCCAGAUCACGCUGCAGGGCCUGGAUUACACCCAGAAAGACCUGGAUCGGCAGCUGGCCGAAGCCGAAGCAACGACGGCGUCUCUGCGAGCGGAGAGCCUGUUUGUCAGUCGGAGGCCGCUCACCGACGCCACCUGUCUGAGGAUGAGGAAGGAGCUGGAGAUGCAUAAAGAAGGGGAGCUGCUGCGAGAGGCGCUCAGCUCCGAGAUAGACUUCCUGAAGUCGCAAAAUGUGGACGGCAGCCAAGGAAGGGAGCAGCUUUAG